CAAGUUCCCGCCAGCUAAUUGAUAACUCUAAUAUUUAUAAAAGGAAGAAGUAGACCGAAAACGAAAUAAAGGUCGUAUGCAAGGACGCAUGAGCCUAAAAGUGGGAGGGGAACAUCAAAAAUAUUGAUAGGAGGGAGGAGUGACGGCAGCAGAGCGGCGACGAGGAACAGGUUAGGGAGAAGCCGAGAGAAAAAAGCCUCUGGCACCUUUUAUUGGACAAUUUCCCCCCACCUUGGAUUUAUUGGUUUUCACUGUUAUUUGUCUAAUUGGGACUGAUAAGUAACCCGCUCCAAGAGAGUUUCCCAUAGAGACUGCGGGACAGGACAGGGAAGUACAACCUCCUUUACUCCGAGCCCAGGGAAGAUUCAUCCAACUCUUCGCCAUGUCUGCUCCUGGUUACCCAGGCCCUUACAACAACUCACCCUACCCCAUGGCUCAGUACGGCGACAAAUCGGGAGCCCCUUAUCCCGCUCCUCAUGGGGGGUACGUAGACCCCCAUCAAGCCCCUCCACCAGGCUUCAACCCGGGCUACAACCAAGGCCCGCCUCCUGUCAUGUAUCAGCCUGGCCCUGUCCCGGAGUACGGUGCCCCCCCCGGAGCCAUCGCCCCCGCCAUGGCAGCUGCGGCCCCGGUCGGCGUCCCCCCGGGGCUCGAAUACCUCACACAGAUUGACCAGAUCCUGAUCCAUCAAAAAGUGGAACUCCUAGAAGCAUUCAUCGGGUUUGAGACCAACAACCAGUACGAGAUAAAGAACAGUUUGGGCCAGAAGAUCUACAACGCCAAAGAGAAGAACGACUGCUGCACCAGGAACUGCUGCGGCUCGCUGCGCAGCUUCGACAUGAAGAUAAAGGACACCAUGGACCGGGAGGUGAUCCGCCUCAUACGGCCUUUCCGCUGCGUCUCCUGCUGGUUUCCCUGCUGCCUGCAAGAGAUGGAGGUCCAGGCACCGCCGGGCACCACCAUAGGCUACGUCAAACAGGACUGGCACCCCUGCCUGCCCAAGUUUUCCAUCCAGGGACCUAACAAGGAGACCCUGCUGAAGCUGGACGGGCCCUGCUUCGCCUGCAACUGCUGUGGGGACGUCAACUUUGAGCUGAAGGGUAAAGAUAGUGGCCAGUCGGUUGGUCGCAUCAGUAAGCAGUGGAGCGGCCUUCUGAAGGAAGUCUUCACAGACACGGACAACUUUGGCAUCCAGUUCCCGCUGGACCUGGACGUGAAGGUGAAAGCUGUUCUCAUGGGCGCCUGCUUCCUCAUUGAUUUCAUGUUCUUCGAGAAGGUCGGGGAGGCCAACCAGCGCAGCUCUGUGUUCUCAUAACAGAGGAAAAAGGAAGGGGAAACAGCAUGAGAGCAAUUGCCAGUUAUGCAUUCACAGUUAAUCUACUUGUAUGUAGAUGCAUUUGUUUUUUAAAUCAUUCCGUCCAUCAGAUUCCAGCCAAAACGGUGCCAAUCUGGCCAUCAUUUUACACACACACACACAGACCAAAACGAGCUAAAGAACUCUGACUCCAGAUGCCUGCCAGGGAUUUUUUUUUAAAAAUAUUUCCAAACUCAAUGACCCAAUGAUACUGCGCCAUGUUGCUCAUGUUCUUUACACUCCAUACAGUGUGUGGUUUGACCAUUUUGAAUGAAUGAACGUACCUCCAGCUGAGAUAUUAUCUCUUAGAUGUGCUUUACGCUACACUGGCAUUCACAUUUCAUAUUUAUGCUUAUCAUCCCACUUUACUAUCUUUUAUGAAAACUAACAAUAGAUUUAUGUAAGUGCAAUACCGUUGUGGGUGUAUACGCUGUAUUCAUUGCCUUUUAUAUUUAGCUAUGCUAUCUGCUACUUUGUGUUUAAUGCUAAUUAGCAAAUGAUAGCAUGCAAACAAGCUAACUAAAAAAGUGAACAUGGUAAACAUUAUAUUUGCUGUAUCUGUUAGCAUUGUGAGCAUGUUAGCAUGGUAGCUUUAGCUCAAAGCACUGAUGUGGCUUAGUCAUUGUAUAAGUUAACAAAAGCUUUAUUUAAAAUGUAAUCAUUAGCAAGAAUACCUGCUCAUUAUUUAGUGUGUAUAGGGAAGUGGUGGUUAUGUUAGCAGAAGGAUGGGAACAUGUUUUAUUAUUGACAGCAUUUACCAAAGGGCUCUUUCUUUCUCUCCAAGUGAACAUAAUACAAUUUGUAGCAUAGCCUACAGUGUCAAUGCUCCCUCUGUGGUUAGCUGGUUGCCUUGGAGAUGGAAACCACAGCCAGACCUUGCCGUCCUAUUCUCCAGAUGUCACUGCCUUGAACAUUCAUGUGAACUGAAAUGGGAGUGUAGGUUAAGCAGGGAUAUCUUGAAAAAAGAGUAAAAGAAAGUAAAUGAAAAGCAGAAACUGAGGUUAGUGAAUAUUAUUUUGACUACACAGUGGUUGGAAAACCCUGGUCAUUGGCAGGUUUAAGGAAACACAUCGGGUUUCCGUAGUUUUGCAGGUUAAUGUUUGGAAAUGGCUGUUGAAUGUAAAGCUCUGUAUUUAAUCGUCAUAAUUGUUCUUGUGAGAUAACAUGGGUGUGCCUCCAGUGAGGCUUGUUGCCACUAGUGCUCUCAUGUAUGUACUGUGUUUUAUAUACGUGUGUGUGAUACCCUCAGCCUUUGAGCUUGCUGACCUUUGAUAAGGAAAGAAAAAGGAGCCAAAGGAUGUACAGUACCUUUACUGCGAUUACUUCUUCUUUGUGUGAUGUUUAAAUUGCUUCUUCUUUGGCAUCAGUUUCCUGUUUCUAUCAUAAUUCUAUACAAUUUAUGUUGUCAAUAUAAUUUUUCUACAGAUCAAAAGUACCCUGUCCUUUAAAAAUAAAUCAUAAGAUAUUGAA